UGGAGUCAGUUUCACUUUCCGUUCCAGCAGCUGAGAAGUGAGAGCUGCGGACGAAGAGGGAAACUAAUACACGAGUUUAGUCUUCUGUUGGCUGUGAUUUUACCUCCUUUCGGCCCUAUAAACAAGCCAUCUAACCUAAAAGUCGACUAGAGGAAGUGGGAGUUGGAAGCGGACAGAACUUCAACAACAACAACACGAGCCGAGAAGGUCUCACUAUGGAGUCUGAAGUUACACCGAGAGGCGAUCUGCAAGAAGCCGAGGAACUGGCCAUCUCUCUGAGUGAAGCCCUGAGCGGCGGGGAUGCAGAGGAAGCAGUUAAGCUGUGCCAGAGACUGUCCCAACUCUCUGUCCCGGUGUCUGUCAGCGUCAACAGUCAGGUCUACCCCCAGGACUCAAUAAGGUUACGGGUUGGAGUGGAGGAUGCUCAGUCGGAUAACUACAUCCCAGUGACUGUUGUGGUUUCUCCUGACAUGACAAUUGGACAACUUAAAGACAAGUUCAGCCAUGACUUUGGGUUCCACCCUUCAGUGCAGCGCUGGGUGAUCGGGAAGCGGUUGGCUCAAGACAGGGAGACGUUGUACUGCCACGGCGUCCGUCAGGACGGAGACCAGGCUUUCCUGUUCAUCCUCUCGGCCCAAGCUGCCCACCUCACGCGACACCAACACAAGCUGGACCAGGAGCAGCAACGCAUAGACGGCAUUGUGGACUCGAUACAGCUUUUUCCCAGAGGGCUGGGCGGACUAGGUGGUGAGAAGACGGCUCCUCCUCCAGAGGCUCAACACAUUCCUCCUCCUCCUCCUCCUCCUAAACCUUUGGUGUUUCCUAAACCUCAGUUUGGCUGGACCUGCGCUAUGUGCACGUUCUUGAACAAACCAACGCGUCCUGGCUGUGAGAUGUGUGGAGGGGACCGGCCAGAGGAUUACCAGGUGCCUGACAUCUACCGGCCAGACCAGCAGGAGGUUCUUCGAAUUCAGCAGGAAAGCCUGGCCAUGCUGCAGUAUGAACAGGCUCAGCAGGAGGAACGAGAGAGGAAUUUCCUGAACUUGUUGGCAACAGAAGAACAGAACCUCAUCACCAACGCCACAGAGGCAGACUGUCCCAUCUGCUUCACUCCCCUGGAGCCAGAAGAGGGCAUCGUGCUCAGAGAGUGUCUCCACACCUUCUGCAGGGAGUGUCUAAAGGGGACAAUAGUGAACAGUCAAGACGCUGAGGUGUCCUGUCCUGAGACAUGUGACAGCAAGCUGCUGGACCGAGAAAUCAAAGCGCUGCUCACAGAAGAGGAGCACCAGCGGUUUCUGGAGUUGCGUCUGAGCAUCGCAGAAAGCCGCUCGGAUCACAGCUUCCACUGUCAGACUCCCAACUGUCGAGGGUGGUGCAUCUACGAGGACGAAGUGGACGAGUUCCACUGCGAACUCUGCGACAAAACCAACUGCAUUCUCUGCAGGGCCAUCCAUAACGACAUGAAUUGCAAGGACUACCAGGAUGACCUGCGCAUCCGAGCAGAGAACGACCAGGCGGCUCAGCAGACUAAGCAGAUGUUAGAGAGCCUGCUAACGAACGGGGAGGCCAUGAAAUGUCCACGGUGUGACAUCAUCGUCCAGAAAAAAGAUGGCUGCGAUUGGAUCUGCUGUUUGAUGUGCAAGACGGAAAUCUGCUGGGUCACCAAACAAGCUCGCUGGGGACCAAAUGGCAGUGGCGACAUAUCUGGGGGCUGUAGAUGCCGAGUCAAUCAACAGCCUUGCCAUCCCAACUGCCAAAAUUGCCACUGAGGGAAGAAGCACACUAAUGAACACACGCUCACACUCACACACACACUCACACACACACAUACAACGCUGGAAGCACAUGCAACGUCUGAAGAACCUCAGCUGAUGUUUAGGCUCUUAGCUUAAUGCUGUCUACAUGAAUGUGUUCUUUACUUACUUUUAGCCUUAUUCUCAAUGGUGUAGUAACAAGACGCUGUACAGGAGUACGUUGUCUUGUCACUGAGGCACGCCUUUCUCCGUUGGUGUGGUAAAAAUGAUGUGAUAUAAAUGCUAAACACAAGCAAUAAAAACAGCCAGCUUUAUCUUCUACUUCUCUUCAGCUGAGGAUGCUAUCUGUCAGUGUGAGAAAAUAAGCUUUACUGGGAUCUUUUGCUAUAAUAAUACUCUGUUUCCAUGAAUUAAUGCUUAAUGUACAUUUUGACCUCUGGCUACUGCUUUCAUCACAAUUGAGUUUGAUGAAGCCAGCGAUCAUAUUGCUUUAUUUACUUGAGUUUAAUUCAAAACUUGAAAUAAAUAUCUUUUUUUUUUAUCUUUUUUAGACAAAAAUGCAAAAAAGGGCCAAUACUCAAAAUCAGUAUAUUAAACUUUCACCCCGCAGCUAACAACUCCAUAACUGAUUACUUCCCAUUGUUCAUACCUGUGUGAGGUAUGGUUACAGUUAAUGAAACUACAACUAACUAUAAUGCUGAUUCAUGAAUAUUUGGAUUAUUUAAUUUCAUCAUGCAGUCCAGACUAGAACCAAAGACAAAUGAGCGUUAAGAUUGCUGGAUACCAAAGUGACAUAUCUUCCUAAGUGAACUUGACCAAAAUAUAUAUAUAUUUUUAAAGUUACCAGUGUAUGUUUUGCUGUUUUUGAUUGAUAAGUGACUAAAAUAUGAAUUUGUUAUCAAUGCUACAAUAGCAAUGGAUUUUCUUUCAGUCGAAUAAUCAAAACUGUGGUGAAGGAUGUUGUUUACAUUGAAUGGAUGUGUACAUAAAGCAAAACAAGCUGCUCUGAUGCACUAAUUGACGUUGAAGUAUCAGUUUGAAAUACGACGCGUGGACAAAUAAAUGAUGCUGUGUUCUCAAGUGUUCAUUCCCCAAGAACUACAGUAACCAAUGUGCAUUACAUAUGCAAUAUAUUUUGUUUAUGUCUUGUAUCCAUGAAGUUUGUUGGGCUUCACUUUGGGGGUGCACCGAUACCAAUAUUGGAUAUCGGGCCGAUACUGACUCAAAUAGCUGUAUCGGGUAUCGGUGACAAUGGGGCUGAUCUAUUCAAUUCAAAUCUACGUUUAUAGAUUAUAUAGAUUAUAUACUG